AUGGCAAUCACAACAAAUCUCCUAGUAACAAGCAACACUAUUAAAUUGAAUGGUGUCAGCUUCUUCCCCUCUUUCCCUGGCACACUUAACCACUGCUUGGCUCGUCGUUUGCCCCAGUCCAUGACUACACGUAGAGUCCAAACUUCUUGUUGUUAUCGUGAAACGUCGUUGAAACCUGUGAGUCCGUUUAAUAUGUCAGAGACAGAACCAAGUAGUGUCAGUGAUGGAGUUGGUAUUCUACGUUUCUUAAAAGGAAAAAACUAUCUCCUUACCGGUGCAACUGGUUUUCUUGCUAAAGUGUUGAUUGAGAAAUUACUGAGGGCAAGUCCUGAGAUUGGGAAGAUCUUCCUUCUGAUCAAAUCAGACGAUCAAGAAUCAGCCAACAAGAGACUCUAUGAUGAGUUGAUUCCAGUGGUUGGAGAUAUUGGAGAAGACAAUCUUGGCAUCAAGUCUCAAAUAGCAUGCAAGAAGAUUAGUGAUGAGAUUAAUGUCAUAAUAAAUUGUGCUGGUCGCACAACAUUUGACGAUAGAUAUGACUUUGCCUUAAGCGUCAAUACUCUUGGACCUGAAGCUGACUUACUUUUUAUAGCUUAUGUGACUGGUAAGAGAGAAGGAACAAUACUAGAGACUCCUCUCUGCAUUGGAGAAAACAUAACUCCUGAAUUAAACAUUGAAACCGAGAUGAAACUGGCUUCAGAAGCUAAAAGAAAGUUCUAUGGCAGAGAAAAAAGCAAGAAACUGAAAGAACUUGGCAUGGAAAGAGCACAACACUAUGGCUGGGAAAACACUUACACAUUUACAAAAGCUAUGGGUGAGUCUGUGAUUCACAACCAAAGAGGAGAUCUGCCUGUGCUUGUCUCAAUGUUAGAUGAGACCCUGAACGAAAAAUAA